UUUGCCGGUGCGCAGCUCUUGCUCCGCUCCAGCUCCUGCUCUUCUGCAACUGGCAUCGCGAACACUAGUUCCAUUUUCACUUUUCCUUUCUUGUAACUAAGUGUUCGAGCGACCUGCACAUUGCUGCUGUAAGGAGGACCACUAGUCCGGACAAAUGGAAAGCAAGGGCGCCGAAGACGUGAAGUGAGCUCCGCUUGCUGCACUUCACUUGUUGCGCCCCUUGGGUUUGGCACUGCGCUGUGGACAGCGGUCGGUCCACGAUCGACGCGCGUUCUCGCGUGGGACCGUUCCAGCUGAGCACUGCUGACCGCUGAAAUGACCAAGCUGAAGCUGCUCGUCCCGAAAGUAUUUCUGCUGCUUGUCCUUUCGUGGGGAACCUGGAGACCGGUGUCUUCAGAAUAUGCCUGCGGAUGUGAUGGUAAGUCCAGGUGUCACUGCAACGGAGUGAAAGGCGACAAGGGUGAAAAGGGCUUCCCAGGGAUUCCUGGCCCCCCUGGAAUUGUUGGUUUCCUGGGAAAUGAAGGACCUCCAGGUCCAGAAGGUGAAAUGGGAGACAUGGGAACACCUGGCCUGAUAGGACUUAAAGGAGCACGGGGCCUUCCUGGGAAUGCUGGAUCCUUUGGACACCCGGGGUUGCCGGGCACCCAAGGAAGAACAGGACCCAUGGGAUCUCCUGGAAUUCCAGGAUGCAAUGGAACGAAGGGUGAGAUGGGAUUCCCUGGACUUCCUGGUCCAAAUGGUUUUGACGGACGUCCUGGUAUAGUUGGUCCACCUGGCCCAAAGGGUGACUGUUCCCAAUUACCAACAUCUGUACCACCCAAAGGAGUAUCAGGUUUACCAGGAAGAAAGGGCCCAGAUGGUCAGUGUGGGAGAUCUGGUCCCCUGGGUCCACCUGGGCCAGUGGGUCCCUCUGGCAGACGGGGGGUUGUGGGACCAUGUGGUGUACCAGGACUAAAGGGUCAAGAGGGGAGGCGCCCAAAUAUUCCAGGGCCCAGCGGGAAGAAAGGUGAGCGAGGUCCACCUGGAGUAACAGGGCAGAAAGGAAUAAAGUUGUACUUAGACAAACCCAGAGACCUGAAGGGGGAACCAGGAAAUCCAGGAGAUCAAGGCUGUCCUGGGGAGCCUGGUUGUGCUGGAGGAUCUGGACUGAAGGGAAGGAAAGGUGAUCAGGGGGAAUGUGGUCUUGAGGGAAUUGCUGGAAACAAGGGAACCUGUGGUAUCUCCGGUCUCCUGGGCCCGAAAGGUUGCAUUGGCCAGCUUGGACCCACAGGGAUUCCUGGUGUGCCAGGACAUAGAGGUGACUGUGGUCCGCUUGGUCCUCCUGGGGAUUUGAUCCAGGUGGCCAGGUGUAUCAAAGGAUUACCUGGAUUUUGUGGGCCACCUGGACCACAAGGUCCACCAGGUCCUUCAGGUCUGAAUGGUUUUCCUGGACAGCGAGGCCCACCAGGCUCCUCUGCUCCUGGUCCGUGUGGGUUAGCUGGUCUUCCUGGUUACAGUGGCCUCAAGGGAGAGAGAGGUGACCCAGGCCCCUGCAUCCCCGGACCCCAAGGACCUACUGGCCCCAGGGGGCAAACCGGUCCUCCAGGUGACCCGGGACCUCCAGGAUUACCAGAUUCUCCAAAGCCCAAACCGGGGCUGCAAGGGCAUUCAGGUCCAAAGGGGAUACCAGGACCCCAAGGACUGACUGGCUAUCAAGGGGAAAAAGGUGAAAGAGGUGAAAUUUGUUUAAAAUGUAACACUGGAAAAGCCCAGCGUGGACCCCCUGGUACUUCUGGGCAACCCGGCACACGUGGACUUGCAGGUGAAGAAGGAAUGCCUGGUUCCAGAGGUAGUGAUGGAAUAAAAGGCAUCAAAGGCCCACCUGGUCCACAGGGUCCCUCUGGCAUUCCAGGCCCUGCAGGCCAAUCGGGACCCAUGGGAGAUAGGGGCAUCUGCAAUUGCCCAGGAGAGAAAGGAGAUCAAGGACCACCUGGGGCCCAUGGGCUUCGUGGACCAGAUGGUAGAGAGGGUGUCUGUGGAUCCCCAGGACCCAAAGGCCAGUCUGGCCCAAAGGGAAGCCUAGGACCUCCAGGUCUAAAGGGAGAAAAGGGCUUCUCAGGGCUUUGUGGGACCCAUGGAGCUCCAGGACAGAUGGGACCACAGGGUCCAGUUGGCAUGGGGCUACCGGGGGCCCCAGGGGACAAAGGCAGGCGAGGUGUUGAGGGUUUAAGAGGAAGAUCUGGACAACCAGGAGAGAAGGGGUCAAAUGGAAGAAUGGUGGAAAUUCCUGGGAAUCCAGGACCACCUGGAGAAAAGGGUAAAUGUGGAAAUCCUGGGCAACCUGGUGAUCCUGGGUGCAAAGGUGACAGGGGAGAUUCUGGUCCCUGUGGUUCCAAGGGAGAAAAGGGGAUAUCUGUGCCAGGGCCCAUUGGACCUCCAGGGAUUAAAGGUGAUAAAGGCCAACAAGGAGUUCCGGGCAAAAGCUCUAUAGGUUCCCCAGGACGACCAGGACCCUCCGGGGCCCCAGGGAUGCCAGGACUAAAGGGAAAUGCUAAGGUUGGAAGUCCAGGCCCUAAAGGCCACCAAGGCUCACCAGGGGACGAUGGACCUCCUGGGCUUGGAGGCAACAUAGGGUUUCAGGGUCCGUUUGGGGUUCCCGGAUCGAGAGGACGUGAUGGAGUAGCUGGGGAAAGAGGGUGUAAAGGCUUGGAUGGACUACAAGGACCUCCUGGUUUGCCAGGGUGUUGUACUGUUGGACCCGAAGGUCCAGAAGGUUCUUGGGGUCCAAAAGGAAACGUUGGUAGAGAAGGACUGAAAGGGAUGAAAGGGAUAAACGGAGACUGUGGUACCCCAGGAGAGGGGCUCCCAGGUGUACCAGGAGGAUUUGGACUCCCAGGAUUCAAUGGAUCCCCAGGGUCAUGUGGACCUGUUGGAUUGAAAGGGUUCAGAGGACUAGAUGGGUUACCUGGAAACCCAGGGCCAAGGGGAGAUUGUGGACCUCCAGGAAGAUGUGGAAAUCCUGGGCCUGAUGGUUCCCCUGGUCCCUGUGGCCGACCUGGUCCAAAGGGAAAGAUAGGAUGUAAUGGGAUCAAGGGAGCUCGAGGCUGCCAAGGGUUAGUGGGAGACCCAGGGGAACCAGGACCUUGUGGAGACACUGUCUGCGUUGAUGAUAUCGGGCCACCAGGGGAACCUGGGCCUAGAGGGAUACUAGGAAGCACUGGUCCUAAAGGGGAACCAGGAAUUUGUGGACUUCUGGGAUCCAUGGGAAAAGAUGGCAACCCUGGGAAAGCUGGACCUCCAGGUCCACCUGGUGACCCUGGGAUCAGUGGACCCCCUGGAUGUACAGGUUUUCCAGGAAAUUCUGGUGCUCCUGGAGACAUGGGAUUGCCAGGUGUGAAAGGAGCUAAGGGGGAGGCUGGCAGCUGUGGAAGCCCAGGGUCUUCUGGGACUCCAGGCAUAGAUGGACCCAAAGGACAAAAAGGGGAAUCAAGCUUUGGGCUUGGCUCAAAGGGAGAAAAAGGAGAGAAGGGUGACCCAGGACUUUCUGGUAUAAAGGGGCAGAAGGGAGAGCAAGGUGUCUGCGGAAGCACAGGACCCCCUGGCCCAUGUGGUCCCCCUGGACCCAGAGGAAGUAUGGGGUCACCAGGAUGUCCAGGAAGCCCAGGUUUGCCAGGAGAGAAGGGAUUUGUUGGACAUCCAGGUCCCCCAGGACCCCCUGGACCAAGUGGUGUUCCAGGAAAUCCAGGAGGUGCUGGAGAUCCAGGACCUGCAGGCCCCAGAGGCAAACAAGGCACUGAUGGUUUCCCAGGCCCAUUGGGAGAGAAGGGGCAUCCUGGUGCCUGCUUGUUUGGACCACCGGGACAUGAUGGACCAAAAGGCCAAAAAGGUUCCAUGGGAAAUGUGGGUCUUCCAGCUUCUCAUGGGCCUCCUGGUCCCAGUGGCCCCCCUGGGAAUAGAGGGCCCCCAGGUCCCGCUGGUCAACCUGGGAAUGCCGGUCCUCCUGGAGUAGAUGGAGUAUGUUUUGCUGGACCGAAAGGAGAGCCUGGACAGGCUGGUAAAUCUGGACCUACUGGACCCAGAGGCCCUCAGGGGCGUCCAGGGCCCCCUGGACCUGGUUCUAAAGGAGAGAAAGGAGAUAAGGGAAACGCUGGGUCUAGAGGUCAUCCUGGUGAACCAGGAGAAAGAGGGCUACCAGGCCGACCUGGGGAAGAUGGUAGAGCUGGACUUCAAGGACCUAAAGGUGAAAUGGGUGCUCUUGGAAGGACUGGAGAAUUUGGUUUGAAAGGGAAUCGAGGCAAUCCAGGACCAAAAGGAGCUGCUGGAGCGAAAGGCCCUCCAGGACCACCCGGGAGCCCACACAAGUUCUCAUCGUCACUGAAGGUCAUCCCUGGGGAUCCAGGCAGCCAGGGGCCUCCAGGACAGCAGGGGGUAAAGGGCCCACAAGGGCCCCAAGGAAAACCAGGGCCAUUGGGACCACUAGGACAAAAGGGGGAGACUGGCAGAACAGGAGAACCAGGCUUUUCAGGUUUUUCAGGACAGAAAGGAGAGAUGGGGUUACCAGGCCUACAAGGGCCACCAGGGCUUUCAGGCCCCCCAGGCUUCAAGGGCAUCCAGGGACCUCCGGGCAGUUACAUUCCAAGCACGCUCAGUGACAGCUUCCUGUUUACUCGACACAGCCAGAGGGCCACUGAACCCACGUGUCCAGAGGGAAGCACCCAAAUGUUCUCUGGGUACUCCCUCCUCUUUGUCAAUGGCAACAACAUGGGACAUGGCCAGGACUUGGGUACCCUUGGCAGCUGCCUGCCUCAGUUCUCCACCAUACCCUUCCUGUUCUGCAACCCCAACAGCACCUGUCACUAUGCCUCCCGCAAUGACUACUCCUAUUGGCUGUCCACAGAUGAGGCCAUGCCUGACAACAUGGCCCUCAUUUCCACAGAAAUGCUAAGACCAUAUAUCAGCAGGUGCACAGUAUGUGAAGCCAGAGCAAAUAUCAUUGCUGUUCAUAGCCAGUCCACUAUAGUCCCAGAAUGUCCACAAAAAUGGCGAUCUCUUUGGGCAGGUUAUUCCUACAUAAUGCAAACUGGGGCAGGGUCAGAGGGCUCUGGCCAACCCUUAGCCUCCCCGGGGUCCUGUCUGGAGGAGUUUCGUAAAGUCCCCUUCAUUGAGUGUCAUGGCAGGGGCACCUGCAACUACUAUAGCGACUCCUACAGCUACUGGCUGGCUGCACUCGACCCUGCCAACAUGUUCUCGAAGCCAGCUGCUGAAACUCUAAAGACAGACCUUCCUGGAAGACUUAUCAGCCGCUGCCGAGUUUGCUUGAAACAAUGAAGACUCAUCUCUGACAAGUGGGGAGUGAUUUUGAUCUUGCUGUUUCAUACACACCAGCAGGAUAGAUGGACAAUAGGACGGCAGAGGAGCACCGAAGAGACAAGUCUGCUGAUGAGACUCCAUCCAGUCAUACUGCUCAAUUCAAGCUUUUAUUUUCUGUGAGCCAUUGAGAAAAUGUUGUCAUUACAAUAUUCAAAUCAGAAAGGCCAUUUCCUUUCAGUUUCUGAUUAAUUUUGUAGAGCUUUGUUUAAUUUUGUAAUAUGACCUCAGGUAAUAAAAUGCUCAAUAUGUCCACCCUUUGCUUCCCAGUCACACUCAUCGGUUCAGCAUUUUAGGGUUUGUGCUUCAUGUCCAGUGUGGAAUUCACCACAAGCUACCAGAAAUGGUAGGAGACAUGUUAGAGCUGUUUGCACAAACAUUUAUGCAUGUAUAGUUAUUUUCAAUUAUCUGCUAUACUUAAUGAAAAGGGUCCAGUGAACCAUUUCCAGAGGAUUGGGGAGCAGGACAAAGAGAUGCAUAAGCCAAAGUAAGUUAGAGGGACAGUUGGCCCAAGAGCAAUUCCACAGCUGGGAAGUGGUCAAAUGGUGGUUUUUAUAGCUAAGUGUUCCAACUGAGGUUGGGUGUUAUGUGCUUUACUGGAGCUAGUUGCUGCUGGUUGAGGUGCAGGCAUGGUUGUCACAACUCCAAGAGAUGGACUGUACAGAGGAAACGGGAAAAUAAUUUAAGCAACAUUUCAAGAUGGAGCGACUGACAUACAACUGAAUUUCAGAUACAGCUACUUGUUUAGAUGUCUUUAUAACAGCAAUAAUUUUAUUAUACAAUAUUUACAUUAUUUGUUAAUUUUAUCUAGUGAUUUUUUUUCUCAUAUUUACAUUUUCCCUUAUUCACUUUCCAUACAGCAGAUAAUGUACUGAACACGGAGCGGGUGUUACAUCUGAAGAAGAAAAUGACAUAGAAAUAGACAAAAUUUGUCUCUUCAGAGAUGGUGUUUCAGCCCACAAAGUAAUAAUAUUUCAACUGGAGGAAAUAUGUUGGAUUCAUCUGAAAAUUUAAGAAUUUACAAAAACAAGUUAUUCAGUUCUGCUUUUACGAGUGGCACAUGAUAAUCCAUCGGAUCUAGCAGAACCUGUUUGAUAUUUCAGGAGCCAUCCUAUCACUAUUUCAUGCCAGGAGGUCCUUUUUUAAAUACUCACUUUUGGAUCAAAAAUUUGGAAAGAGUGAUAAAACAUCUCCAUCUGAUGGACAUUUUUAGCAUUGCAGAUUUAGAUUUACCAGUUAUUUCUGUUAAUAGGCUUCUCUUUGGCAGAUUUAUGAAAGCUUUGCUCUCACAUUAACUAGUUUUACCUGUAGUUUCUGAAAGGUGGAUGGACCUGCUGUGAGAUGGAGGAUCACGGACUUGGAAAGAUGGAUUGAAGUGAGGAGGUAUAGGGUGUGAUUAGCAGAAAUGUAUGCAGAAAAAAAAUAUGGUUUUAUCCAUUCAAACUACAGAAAGUGGAGCGGUUCUUCAUCGAUGGUACUGUAUUGGACUAGAACCUUAAGGUUAGAAAUUUAUGUGUAUCUUUGCAUAUCUCAAUCACAAUGCUACUUUUUGUACUUGACCAGUCUAUCUGUACAGAGUAAGAUAUUGAAGUAAAAUGACAAUGGGCAAGAAAUUGAAUCCCUCAGAUUAUGAAAUAUUUCCAUUCCUAAAAACAGUGAGAAUACCAAAAUUUCAGAUACCAAUAGCCAACAUCCCAUUAUUUGAAAUGGAAAAAAUAAUAAUGCUUUAUCAACCCAUUUGAAAUCCCCUAAGUAAUUUUCCCAAGUAUGACUAAAAUACUCUAAAACACCUAUAUAACUAUCAACCCAUGAUUUCAGCAUGAUAUAAAUCAUUUACAUUUAUUCAUUUAGCACGCUUUUAUCCAAAGUGACAUAGACCUUGAAAAAAAAUACAAAAGUUGUAUUGUUGGCGAGUGCCAUGACCGCUUUGAGCAGUAAUCCCAAUAACACCUAGAAGUCCUGUUUUGAGCCACCUGGCAGAAAUCAGCACACCUGUUCCCAAUGACACAAUUGCAGAACAAGCUAUAAAAGGCAAGCAGGACGCUUACAGAGUUGGAGGUCCUUGGUCAGUUCCCUGAGAAAGAGGAAUGCACUGUGCUUUCUCCUAACACAUGUCCACUUCUAUGCUUCCACUUCAUUAUUCCCUGGUUCUCCUGUCACCGUUGACUGUUUUCAACAUCCCCAUUCCUUCACCAUUGAGCCUUUUGAGGCUUGUUGUUGACCAUUCUCUUUUUGUACUACAGUACCAACUUCUUGGAGCGUGUCAAGGUCCCACCACUGCAGAUAAAUUCUGCACUUUAUUCAUUACACUUUAUCUCUCUUUAACAUCCGGAGAGACAGAUCUAGAUGCAGACAUGUGAACCAAUUCAUGAUUAUCAAACAGUUGGUAAUUUGGUGUGUUUCCAGACAGUAUGUUUCAGGAGCAAAUUAUGUUUUUCUAAUAUCCAGUAGAUGGCAAAACAUUAAAUAAUGAAAUUUCUUUAAAAAAAAAAAACAAACUGGGAACUACAGUGUGUAACAGAGACCAGCUGCUCACAUAGCAGUAAUAUAUACACAUAAACUAUAACUAGUUGUGAUUGACCAGUUCACCAGAAAAGCAUGUUUUUAGAAUGUGUUGAAAAAAAUACACAUGAUAAUGUGAAGACCAUGGAAACUACACACAAAGACAACAUGUCUGAAGUAUCCCAGCAACCAAAUUAUUUGUUUAAUUUGCAAAAAAAAUUGUGUUUUAGUAAUAAUUAAAUUAUCAAAAUCACUGUAAACAUUACAAUGCAUUGUGUACAAAAAAGUACACUUGAAGAAAUACAAUCAUAAAAACCUUUGUCUGUUUAAUCAGAUAAAUGUUUACUGGAAUGAAAUACACUUAACCUGCAACUUCUUAA